AUGACUAUAGACAACAAGGUCCUCGAUGGAAGUGUGAAAUGUGUUUACAGCGUGAAGAAUACGAGGGUGAGAAUUGGUUGGGAAAGCGCACUGUCCAGGGGCGUAUCAGGUAGGGAGAGUAGACCCCAUUGGAUGCUGGAGCGACAAGUAACAUUGGGUGAUGAGAGGGCAAUAUCCGUGAGCGGUAGUCCGUUAAACGCAACGCCCCGGGUUCGUACAGCUGGAAGUGGAGUGAGGGGGUGGUUGGACGCUUCUCACGAAACAAAUAAUUGGUUGAAGUAUAUUCGAAGCACUAGCAGUCCGCACGCCGUUAAUAUGCGACACGUGCUUAUUGGUGGACAGAUGGUGUACGAGGCGGUGCGAGACAUAGCGGCCGGUGAAGAGCUGUUUCUCGGUGUUCGAGAACCUCUUCAAUUGCAGGAUAUGUUUGGCGAGAAUACUACAGAGGACAGAAGCGAUCGAGAGACCGCCUCGCAACAUAGUGGCACCGUAGACGAGGAUAAAGAGGACGAGGAGGAAGGUGAGACCAGGUGUCCCGUCUGCGACAAACCGUUUCAAGACAUUGAACUGUUGGAUAGUCACGUGGUUACCUGUCACAGAUAUCCAGCGGAACAGCAUCGCUGCGACAGCUGUCCUCGUGCGUACGCCUGGCGGCCACUGCUGGUUCGUCAUCGUGCGAUCGUUCAUGGUGAUCUCCGGAACUACCCCUGCGAGAACUGUCCAAAGGUAAGCAUCACCUUCGACAACGUCGCGACAAAGUACGACACGUUCCUCCUCGGAUCGGACAAACCGCAGGUCUUCACGGACCCGUCGAAUCUGCAGCGACACAUCAGGACCCAUCACGUGGGUGCGAGGAGCCACGCGUGCACCGAGUGCGGGAAGACGUUCGCCACCAGCUCCGGCCUUAAGCAGCACACCCAUAUCCACAGCAGCGUGAAGCCGUUCCAGUGCGAGGUGUGCUUCAAAGCGUACACUCAGUUCUCAAAUUUAUGCCGACACAAACGCAUGCACGCGGAUUGCCGUAUGCAGAUCAAGUGCGUUAAAUGCGGACAGUCGUUCAGCACGGUCACUUCGUUAUCAAAGCAUAAGAGAUUCUGCGAUUCAACGCCGCCGACCGGUCCACCUGGUACGAUGCCGCAAUUACCGACUCCGGCACCUAGCCCAUUUCUUGUCUAUCCUAGACCUCCUGUCAGUCUCCCGGGAGGUUUGCCUUUCUACCCGCCUAGUCUAAUGGGGCCGUAUCCAGGGAUUUUUCCAAAUGCGUCCAAUUUCUUGAACACUCCUCUUCUGUUCCCGCAUAAAGUUGAGGAAGCUGAGAAGAGGUGCGACAGUCCAAAGAAGGAACGCUUCACUCCGCCGAGGGUUCUGCCGCAACAUAGCAAGAUAUCACCCUCAACGGCCGAGGAAGCUACGUCCUCCUUCAGACCAUCCCCGGCUAGGCCACCCGUUCAACCAACCCCGGAGAGCGACGACGAUCCUUCCAAGAAACGGGAGAAAGACAGGAGCAAUGAGAAGAAGGCAGAUCCUGAAAAUGUAUCGAAAACUACGAACGAAGAAACAACGGAUCAACCUUUGGAUCUGAGAGUGCAAACAAAGAAACAACGAACGAAUGUGAAUGUUACCAACAGAAAGAGCCCAUCGCCAGCGCCAGCACCGAUGGAGGAAGUUCCAGUUCCUCUGGAUCCUCCGAAACCCGAGGAAGAGACGUCCAUGCUAAUGGAAGUCGAUUCCAAGGACAUGGCCAGAAGUCCUCAAUUAAAAAUUAGUUUACCCGCAGAACAACCGCCAACUAGUACACCGCACAUGGCGUAUCCCAGACCGAUUCAUCCGAUGUUUUUGGAGGCCAUGUACCGCGGGCCAACGAGUUCUUUCCCAGGAUUUCCAGGUGGACCACCGCCUCCUGGAAGUGGAACGGAACCGAGACUCUUGCCUCCGCUACCACCGUUCGGGACACCGCGUGGACUUCCUUUUUUAGGAACACUCAUGAACGGGCUCAGCGGCGCUAGGCCAGGAAGCGGGGGAUUCGACCUGCUUGCUAGGCCGCCACUGGGACCGUUCCCUGGCGUGAAACCCUUCCAGGACACCGUGAUUCCACCUCAUCAUCAUCACCAUCAUCAUCACGCUCACGGCAAAAUGAAAGACCGAUAUUCCUGCAAGUUCUGCGGGAAGGUAUUCCCCAGAUCCGCCAAUUUGACGAGACAUUUACGCACACACACCGGCGAACAACCUUACAAAUGCAAGUACUGCGAACGAUCGUUUAGCAUCUCUAGUAAUCUUCAGCGGCACGUGAGGAAUAUCCACGACAAGCAGAGGCCGUUCAAGUGUCCACUCUGCGAGAGGUGUUUUGGCCAACAGACGAAUUUAGACAGACAUUUGAAGAAACACGAAGCCGACGACGGCAGUGGCGUUGUUUCCGUCGCGGAUUCACCAGGGAGCAGUAAUGAAAAUGAACGGGAGGAUACGUAUUUCGACGAAAUUAGGUCGUUCAUGGGGAAGGUGACUUACGGCGGUGAGGCUGGCUACGGAUUACCCCCUCACCCGGCCUAUUUGCCCAGUAGAUUGCACGAGAUACACGAGUCCAAGAUGGAAACCGAGUACGACGAAGACGAGGAUAGCGAGGAAGGAGUCUCUCCUCUGGAUGAAGCGGAUGGCUUGUCGCCUGCAGAAGCCAAAGAAUCGACUCCACCACCGCAGUAUGAUCUGAAGCUGAGGGAGAAGCAGGAAUUGCUUAACAAUAACACGGCCGAGCCAGUUAUUGAAAUUUCGACAUAG